UGCUUCCGCCAGAACUUUUUGAAAAAUUUUCACUCCUUUUAUAUGUCGUGGCUCUCUCGCUGGUAAAUUUUAAAGCGCCGUCCAUCGUUUUCUCCUUUUAUACGUCGCCGGUGUGUCGGUUCAUACAGAUUUUACAGAUAAGAUUUGAAGUUAGGUGUUAAGACCAGAAGCGUCUGUGACUCCGUACGCACAGUAAUGGCAUUCGUUUCUUUCGUUGGUAGAGUUCUCUUCGCCUCUGUUUUCAUCCUCUCUGCUUGGCAAGAAUUCAAUGAGUUUGGUACUGAUGGAGGGCCAGCAGCAAAAUCUUUUGCACCAAAAUUCAAAGUUUUCUCAGGGCACGUGUCAGCUCAUACUGGGUUUCAAGUGCUACCUGUUGAAAUGAAGCACGCAGUUGCUGCUGCGAUAGCCGUGAAGGGUGUUGGAAGCCUUCUUUUCAUCUUUGGCAGUUCGCUUGGUGCUCAUCUUCUGCUUCUGCACCAAGCAAUUGUUACUCCAAUAUUGUAUGACUUUUACAACUAUGAUGCUGACAAGAAAGAAUUUAAUCAGCUUUUCAUGAAGUUCACACAGAACUUGGCACUGUUUGGGGCAUUGCUUUUCUUCAUUGGCAUGAAGAACUCAAUUCCAAGGAGACAACUCAAGAAAAAGCCGCUGAAAUCAAAGACAAUGUGAGAAAGGAACUAUUGAAGUUAUGGAGAUUUAGCUUUAGACAGCUUCUUGAUGUUGAUUUUGCCGGAGAUUAGUUUAGUAUGGUUGUAUCAGAUUUUCCUCUGAAAAAUGGAGAAAAAAGGGGAGGUGUUUUAAUUGUUGACAUUGUGCUGUUGUCAUGUACUUUGCCAUUUGUGGCCACAAUUGAGGUUUUAGAUGCAAAUUGCGAUCUUUUGAUAGUCCUCUUUUAAAUUUGCUGGUAUGUCCAAUUCGAUUACAAGGCUCUAAUUUGAAGCGUUGUCUAUUCA